CUCCCCUUCCCCUUUUGUUUUUUAACAGCCCGCCGAUUCUCGCACACGCUAUUUCCGGUUUAAAAUUUUCUUAAAAUUUUCUCGCUCACACAUCGACACAUCUGCGAGAUGGAAGUCCGGCGCAGACGAGCGAGACUACAAGACGUCGGUAAGCGCGACGCCGACGCUGUCGAUGCUGACGCGACGAUAGAUCAACCGGGAACGCUUUCCAGAACGGACGAGACAGAUCCAAAUACUUCGAUAGAAAAUAACAAAGUAAAUCCAUGCUGUUCCAUCGAGGAAUCAAAGCAAUUUCUUUCGAACAAUGCGGUUCGCGCUCGAAUUAAGAUCAGCCUAGAAAUUGAUCUGAUAGCAGCGAUUUUACUAAUUACAGGCAUUUGCACUCGCCUUUAUCGCCUCGAGGAACCGCGCAGUAUAGUCUUUGAUGAACUGCAUUACGGCAAGUACGUCGGAUUGUACAUGAAGAGGACGUUCUUCUUCGAUUCCCAUCCACCUUUAGGAAAACAAUUGGUCUCUGCAGCGGCGUACUUGGCAGGAUUCGACGGGCAAUUCAAGUUUGACAGGAUCGGAAGUCCUUACAGCGACGCGAUUCCGUUGUAUGCGUUGCGCCUGGUACCAGCGAUAUGCGGCAGUUUACUAAUCCCCACGGGAUAUUAUCUUGUUUUGGAGCUGAGUUUGAAGCAGUGGGCUGCAGCGAUUGCCGGAAUUCUACUCUUACUUGAUAAUGCAUUGUUGACACAGUCGAGAUUUAUACUAAUGGAAAGUAUCUUGAUGCAUUUCUCGUUGCUCGGCUUAUUGUGCAUUGUAAAAUUUCGAAAAGUUAUGGAUCGACCGACAUCCGCAUCUUGGUGGAUAUGGCUGACGUUAGGCAUCGUGAAUUUAACGUGUGCACUAUGGUAUAAAAUAAUUCUUACAAUCUUUUUCUUUAUUUUCCUCUUAUUUUCGAUUAUGAUUAAGGCAUUUCUUUACAGCGUCAAGUACGUUGGAUUUUAUUCAAUGAUUCUCGCGUUCUUCUUGAUCGCUCACGAUUACUGGUCCCUGCUCUCAAGAAAGACCCUGUCGAACACGAUUUUAUGGAUUCAUCUUUUAUUAAGAUUCGUUGUACUGAUCACUGUUAUUGCCGCGGUAUAUCUGAGUAUAUUCUACGUACAUCUGGCGAUACUCUCGAAGGCGGGACCGCACGACUCGGUAAUGACGAGCGCGUUUCAAGCGAGUCUGGAAGGAGGACUCGCCAGUAUCACGAAAGGACAACCUCUGGAAGUGACGCAUGGUUCGCAGAUCACUCUGCGACAUACGUACGGCAGAGCCUGCUGGCUGCACAGUCAUAAUCAAGUGUAUCCGUUGCGAUAUCCCGACGGUCGUGGCAGCUCUCAUCAGCAGCAGGUCACUUGUUAUUCGUUCAAAGACGUUAACAAUUGGUGGAUCGUCAAGAAGCCAGACAAGAACGAUUUGGUAGUGACGAAACCCAGCGAGCCCAUCCGCCACGGUGAUGUGAUUCAAUUGGUACACGGAAUCACGAGUAGAGCGUUGAAUUCACACGAUGUUGCAGCGCCAAUGACACCGCAGAGCCAGGAAGUAUCGUGUUACAUCGACUACAAUGUAUCUAUGCCGGCGCAGAACCUGUGGCGGGUGGAAAUUACCAAUAGGGAUCACUCCGGCGAUGUAUGGCACGCGAUUCAGAGCCAGGUGCGGCUGAUACACGUGCACGCGAACGGAGCCGAGUUUGCGUUAAAGUUCAGCGGCAGGCAACUGCCCGACUGGGGUUUCAAUCAGCACGAGGUUGUCGCGGACCGAUUGAUGGACCAGACCAAUUCUAUUUGGAACGUUGAGGAGCAUCGAUACACCAAGAGUGAAGACCAGAAGCAACGGGAACGGGAGCUGAUCAGCGCGGAGAUGAUACCGUUGCAAGCGACCACGUUAAGCUUCUGGGAGAAAUUCGCAGAGCUGCAAGUCAAGAUGUUGUUUGGCGGCCAAGAGGGUCAGAACAGCCACAUGUAUUCCAGUGGACCUCUCGAAUGGCCGUUCAUGUCCCGCGGGAUCGCAUACUGGGUGUCUAACGACAGCAAUGCACAAGUGCAUCUUUUGGGGAACAUUGUGGUUUGGUACUCCGGUACGAUCUCAAUGAUCAUAUAUGUGACCCUAUUGAUAUUUUAUUUAAUGAGGAGAAGAAGACAAUGUUUCGACAUUCCGGAGAAAGAAUGGAAAAAGUUUGUCGAUAACGCUUAUGUACUGUUAGCUGGAUACUUGAUUCAUUUUUUACCUUUCUUAUUUGUUGAACGAACUUUGUUCUUGCAUCAUUAUUUACCAGCUUUUAUCUUCAAAGUUUUAUUAACGGCAGCUACAAUUGACCAUCUACACUAUUUAAUUAGCAUUUAUCGUCCAGCAUGGAGCCUUUCAUUGUAUAUCGUUACAUUCGGUAUCAUCGCUUGGGUAUUUUUCAUUAUCUACGUGUUCAAGAAAUUCAUUGUAUUCAGUUAUGGGACAUCAGUUCUCACUGCCAAGGACGUGAUAAAAUUAAGAUGGAAAGAUACGUGGGAUUUCAUUGUACAUAAAACGUAAGAAUUCAUUAAGUUUAAGAAUUACGAAACCUGUUAUACAAGAUGUAAUAUUUUUAACUACAACUUUAUACAUUGAAACACACGACAUUUACAAAACAGACGUUACUAGUGUAUUUUUACGAAAAAAUUUUUAUGAAAAUGCUAUUGCUUAUAAUGCGCACAUGUACACGUGUCGAAAUAUCUUAUUAUAAUCGAGCAACAAGUGCCACGAAGAUGGAAUAAUAACGUCGCGGUGAGUUCUUUAAUAAUAUUGUGAAAAGUUAAAUAUAAAUUUAUAUAGACUGAUUUUAUUUUAUGUUUUGUCGUUAUUUAAUGACGUAAUUUGAUAUUAUAAAAACCUUAAAUAUAUUUAGAAAAGAAAAUAUAUACAUAUAUUAUAAGCAUAUAUAUAUUUUAUAAUUAUUAAUUUCAAGCGAUAUUUUAUGAAAUUUGUUUAAUAUAUAACAGAUGUAUAAUUAAAUAAAACAGAGAAUUGUACGUGAAAGCUAUAAAGUUAAGUUAUAAAAUUUUUUAUUUUUUACAAAUAAUGUAUUUUUUAAUAAUUGAUUUAAAAAAAUCAAAAUAUGAAAGAAUUUGUAUGUAAAGCAUUUGUAUGACAAUAAAAAUAAAAGUAUUAAUAGUAAAA